CGAAGCCACGCUGAUCAUCAGAAACAAACAUGGGGGACGUAGCCAUUGCCGAAGAGGAGCAGCACAUCUUCCGCAGCAAGUUCUCGGCAGUUCCGGGGCCGGAGGGGACAACGUUGCCUGAGUUCGUACUGCAAGACGCCGAGGACUAUGCCGACAAGGUGGCGCUGUUGGAAGCGUCCACCGGGAAGACGUACACGUACGGCGAGGUGGUCCGCGACACGCGAAGGUUUGCAAAGGCGCUGCGGUCGGUGGGCCUCAGGAAGGGCCAUGUGGUGGUGGUGGUUCUCCCCAACCUGGCCAUCUACCCGGUUGUGGCCCUCGGCAUCAUGGCCGCCGGCGGGGUCUUCUCCGGAGCGAACCCCCUUGCGCUGCCGCUGGAGAUACGCAAGCAGGUGGAAGACUCGGAUGCCAGGCUCAUCGUCGCCAACAGCUUCACCCAUGACAAGGUCAAGGAUUUCGGGGUGCCUAUCCUAGUCGUCGGGGAAGGGCAGGUGGGGGAUGCCAUAAGAUGGGAUGAUCUGCUGGAGGCGUCGGACCGCGCGGGUCCGAGCGAGACGGAAGAGAAGGUGACGCAGGGAGACCUGUGCGCCCUUCCAUACUCGUCGGGCACGACCGGGUCUUCCAAGGGGGUGAUGCUCACUCACCGGAACCUGGUGGCCAACCUCUGCUCCUCCCUCUUCAGCGUGGGGCCCGACAUGAUCGGGCACGUCACCGUGCUCGGCCUCAUGCCCUUCUUCCACAUCUACGGCAUCACCGGCAUCUGCUGCGCCUCCCUCCGGAACAAAGGGAAGGUGGUGGUCAUGGAAAGGUUCGAGCUCGGGGCCUUCCUCCGCGCCCUCAUUGCCCACGAGGUGCACUUUGCCCCCAUCGUGCCCGCCAUCAUGCUCGCAAUGGUCAAGAGCCCUAUCGUCGACGAGUUCGACCUCGGGAUGCUCCGGCUCAGGUCGGUCAUGACGGCGGCUGCGCCGCUCGCCCCGGAGCUGCUCGCCGCUUUUGAGGACAAGUUCCCGGGCGUCCAGGUUCAGGAGGCAUAUGGACUCACAGAGCAUAGCUGCAUUACUCUGACCCAUGGAGAUCCAAGAAAGAGGCACGGCAUCGCCAAGAAGAACUCCGUUGGAUUCAUUCUUCCCAACUUGGAGGUGAAAUUCGUCGACCCCAACACCGGCCGGUCCCUCCCCAAGAACACUCCAGGUGAAGUUUGUGUCAGGAGUCAAUGCGUCAUGCAAGGUUACUACAAAAAUAACGAAGAAACAGAGCGAACCGUAGACAAGGAAGGGUGGCUCCACACGGGUGACGUGGGCUACAUAGACGACGAUGGCGACGUCUUCAUCGUGGACCGCAUCAAGGAGCUCAUCAAGUACAAAGGCUUUCAGGUAGCUCCGGCAGAGUUAGAAGCCAUACUUCUCUCUCAUCCUUCCGUUGAUGAUGCAGCCGUCUUUGCGUUGCCCGACGAGGAAGCAGGGGAGAUUCCUGCAGCUUGUGUUGUGAUGAGCCCAAAAGCAAGAGAUGGCGAGGAGGCAAUCAUGAGGUAUGUGGCCUCCAAUGUUGCUACCUAUAAGAGGAUUCGAGUACUGCACUUCGUGGACUCCAUCCCCAAGUCAUCCUCCGGGAAGAUCUUGAGGAGGCUCCUAAGGGAGAGAGUGACGAAGAAAUCAACAAGCCAAGAGAGCACUCUGAAUUGCGUGAAGAACGUCCCGCAAUAGGAGGCCAAAUCGGUCCUCUGAACAAGGUUGAUGCGGUCCAUUUAGCUUCAUGGCUCACAUUUAAUUAAAUUGCUCUUCUUAACUUCAGAUCUGCUGCCGAUCGAUAUAUCAGAAUUUGUUUUUUUUUCUAAUCAGAGAGAACGCUGAUGCUCUCGCUUCUUAAUUAAAUACUCCGCAUGCCUUACAAAGAUUACGAAUGA